CAUAAUUGUUGCUGUCCAAUAGUUACAGAUAUUUUGAAGAAAAAAAAAAUAGUACUGUAGUAAAGUAAUACACUAUUAGUAUUACUGGCCUCUAAUAGAAUGCCAAUUUAUCCAACAAACUCGUCAGUUCAAAUUCCAAAAGCACGCUUACCAAUAAGAUAUCGCCAGCUGUCGCCAGCCUUCUUCCCCCGUGAAUCUAGCGUUAGGGUUUCUAACACUCUCCAUUCCCAAUCCCAGAUCUCUUAUUUCUCUGAAUUCUGUCUCUUUCUCAAUUCCCCUCGAUACUCUCAAUACAUGCAUACAAAUAUGUCUUUAUUUAUAACCCAACUUGGACCUUACUUCUCUCUGUAAAAAUUGCAAUUUUUGUACAAAACCAUGAUCUAGUGUUUUGAGUUUCACUUCCCAAUUUCAAAUCACGUGAUUAUGCAGUAAACUUUUGAGCCAUGAAUUGACUGUUAUAUAAGUAGCUGAGAUGGGUUUUAGUCUGAAUUCUUGUUAAAAAUUCAAUCUUUUGGGAAAACAGACGAUAAAUAGCUUCUGAAUUUGUAAAAUCUGAAAAGGGGUCUUUGAGUUAUAGUGAUUUUAGUGAAGGAAUGGGAUCAUCUGGUUUUUUCACAAUAUGCAUUCUACAUUCAGUAAUAGCCACUACUAGUGGUACAUUGAUAAUGUUCUAUCUGAAUGAAAUCUCUGUAUUGGGACAUGGGAUUGAAACAGCAAGAAAGCUGUUAGGAUCAACCCCACAUGACCAAUUGGUGAUAAAAACAUCUGAUUCAUUUGUUGGAUUGCUUUUAUGUGUAAUUGGGUUGUUGUUAUUCAUGGUAUCUUUUGUUAAAGACAGGGAAUUUCAGGGCUUUUUUGCUAAGGGUUGUAUCCUUCUUCAUGUGGCAAUGGGAUUGUGGAGGGUGUAUUUUGAGAGGAAGCUUGAGGAUUUGGCUUAUGAUUGGCCAAGGCAACUUGUUGGUGAUUUUGUUCUAGCACUUUCUUGGGUGUUCUUUCUUGUUAAUUCUUGGAGGGAGAAGUAUGAUUAGAGAAAUUGCACAAGUGGAAUUGCUAUUUUGGGAUGGCUAUGCCAUUUGAUUACUUAAAGAGAUUGCUGUUUGGUGCAAAUUGGAGGUACUUUUUCUGCCUCAAUAGUAAAGUUGCUGUCAUGACCAUGAGGUCAUAGGGGUCGAGCAGUAGAAAUAGCCUCUUGCAGAAAUGCGAGGUAAGGCUACGUACAAUAGACCCUUCUGGUACAGUCUUUCUCUGGACCCCAUACAUAGUGGGUACACCGGCGUGUCCUUUCUUUUAUUGUACUUGAUUACAUUUAGAAAUGGAAGAAAUGUGGCAAUUUUGACACUUCCUAAGACUAAGCUUCGACAUGGACAGAAAUUUCUCAGGUGUAUUAGCUUAUUGUAUUUUUCUUUUGCUCCAUUAUCAAACCACAUCAGUAAAUCCAAGUUUAGAACAUUUAAUUCUGGAUGGAAAUCCCAACAGCCUUAGUUGGAUCUCUAUAUCAGAAAAAGACUUCCUAUGUAGUCCUCCUUUAUGUAUAAGAAUAGUAUAUUUUGAGGGUGUAUUAGUAAUGUUGAGAUUAAUAAUGCUGAGAUUAGUUAUGCUGAAA